GUUUAUGGGCAUAAGAAAGUUGAAUUGUACACUUCAGCUGAGGAACCUGAAAGUAAAGCCAUCAGUAAAGGCUAGACUGACAGUAGUGUAGGCAGGUCAUAGAGCACAGGAUUUAGACAUGUCCACUUCAGAAGACGAGUGUCCUGUUUGUAAGGACAAAAUACGGAAUCCUUCCCAGCCUUCUGCCUGCUGUGGAAAAGUAUUUUGCCAGAGAUGCCUUAGUCAAUCUAUUCGACAUAGAGCUCAUUGUCCACACUGCAGAAGCCAAUUAGACUGUCCUGGUUUUGCUUUUAAUCCAUUGACUCAGAGUCCUUUUGAUAGGCGGAGGGCUCGGCACCAGAUCCUGUCAAGGGAUUCUGAAACAUUCAAUUCAGGAAGACGUGUUGCAAACAUACGAAGUAUACUAGAUAUGCUUGGGGAUGCACAGUCAGGCGCUGCCCCUCCAGGCAGUCUGCCCAAUCAGGCUGCCCCGGCUCCUGCCUCACAAAGUCAAGCCCCUCCCAUUUUAAAUUCCUUCACAUUUGCUUCUGCACAACCUGUUCCUUUGCCAUUGCCACGGAUCCGAACUCAACCUGCCACUACUGCCACCCAUCCAGCAACUGUUCACUUUGCCCUGAGUGGUCCAAUUCAGGCUGCCCCAGCAUCAGCACCCGCCCCAUUACAAGAUAAUUUGGAGGCUGAGUUUAAUGAAUGGUCAUGGCAAACUGAGAUCACUCUAUUGGAAGUGAGGCAACAGCAGCAAUCUCAGGACGACACUGUGAGGACAUUUGCAUGUCCUUACUGUCAGGAAAAUGGACUGGAUGAACUAGAUCUACGAGACCACUGCAAUGCCCAACAUGCCAAUGACAGCAAACGUGUGGUGUGUCCUGUGUGUGUGGUGAUGCCCCAUGGUGAUCCACAGUAUUACAGCCGCAACUUCAUUGGCCACCUCAAUCUGCGCCACUGCUACUACUCUGAGGACGUGACCAACAUUAACCAGAGUGAUGAGAUGAACAUUCAGUGUGCCCUUCUGGCAUCAUAUGAAAGAAACACUUUGAUCCCAGUUCCAGAUGUCUGACAGCACAAUACACAGGUUUAGCUGCUGAACAAUCAAGAUUAUUGCACGACCCUGACCUUAACCACAAGUAUGUAUUGAAAGCAAUCAGAAAUAAGUAAUAUUUACCAAUAUCACCAAUGUAAUAAAUGAUUUAAACAUAGUAUGUUGCUCAUCAAAUGCUUGAGCAAAGUGCUUGUCUGAUUAACUGGUUGUCUGAAACGGGUCUUUUCAAACAUAUGCUAAUUGACAUCUCAGGUUUCGUUCACUCUUUAAAUGAUCUGACUCAAGUAACUUAUAUAAUAAUUUCAUUCUGAUUCAUUUUGCACAAUUUAGCUCAUGCACUUUCUAUGCAGAUACAGGCUCUGUUAAUGUUUUCUAAAGAUUUGAGGUUUAAUUAAUAAUUAAUUUUUUUUUUAAAUUACACAAUUCAGUCUGAUGGAAUUUUGUUAUGGAAUUGAAAUGUAUAAACCUUAUAAAUAGGCUAAAAUAUUUUUUUGAGUGUACAUCCAUUUAAGUUGUUUUUUUUUUUUAAAUCAACACUGCCAUAUUUGACUAUGUCUGAAUAUGUUGCUGUUUUUCUGUUGGAGGUAUGCUUUUUAAAACUCCCACACGUUUCCCCAUGUGCAAUAAAGGUUUUAAAGCUAUAUUUUGAUCUUUUUGAAGACUGUAUUUCAAAACAGUCCCUGUAUAAAAAGUAUACUUAUAUAAAAAAUAUGCCAUUGUAAUUUGUGAAAUAAAUGUUUGAAUGCUAUAAUUUUAUGUGUGCAAGACU